UGAGCGGGGCGGGGCCUUUUUGCUUUUGCUAGCAAGUUGUAGCGGGGACAAGUUUUGGUGGGGCACCAACAUGGCGUCUUCUUUUCUCUUUGGCUGUGGCCGUGAUGCGGCGUUCAAGAUUUUAAAACUGCAAGCAUGGAGUCUUCGAAGUCUCCCUUCCACUGUUUCUGUGUGCACCAAACCAGGGGACUCUGAAAAAGGCUCAACGAAAAAUACAGGUGAGAACGUUAUUAGCAGUAUACCUGAAGAAACUGUAAAGUUAACGGAUGAUGGCCUGAAGAAGUUCUGGGCAAAUAAAACAUUGGUAACAUUUCCUCAGAGAGGAUAUUUUCCUUCUUUUGAGACAGAGCCUGGGUUCUCUUCAACAGGAGGCUCAAAUGAGAAGCCAGACGAAGAGUCAUCCUCUUCAUCAAGCUCUGAAUCAGACUCUAGCUCUGAUGAGGAAGAUAAUAUCAUCAAAGACACUCUGAAAACCAAGGUAGCAUUUCCAAGUCGGGAUCCCAUCUUGUCUGAGGAGAGAAAAGUGAAGGAAAAUAUAACAAGUGAACAGCAGUUUCCUCAAAGUCAAAAGGAAGACAGUGCACCUGAGAAGCACCUUUACAGUCCCAUGAUUACCGAGUUGCCAUUUAAGGAAAAGGGAAUAGUAUUUCCAAGACAAGAUCCUAUCUCUUCUGAGGAUAGAACUGUGAAGGUAAAUACAAGUAAGCAACAGUUUCCUACACCAGAAAACAACCAGGCCCCUGGGUACAGUCCCAGAAUUACUGAGCCUCUAAUCAAAGAAAAGGGAGUGUGUCAAACAGCAGAUGAUAAGUUCUUACAAUCAGAAUUGGUGAAACAGGCCACAAAACAAACAUCUAAAGAGACACCUUUAAAGGGCACAGACUUGGGAGUAAACCCUGCAGAGAGUCAAAGACCGACUGCUAACCAACUGGAGAUAGCUGUUCAUGAAGCAGCUCCUAGUAAAUUAUCUAAAACUCAACAACAAAGCAUGAUGACCCAAAGUCUGACUUUGCUGAGACAGGAAGAAAGUGCAGCAAGGGGAGCACAAGAUGCUGAAUCACAAGAAAGAGGUACUACGGAAGUGCAGGAGGAGCUUUUGAAUGAUGCAGCACCUGUGGUGGAAACUACCAUGAAGGAAGAGAUCACCCUGGAAACAGGACUUCAAGAUGAAGAGCAUAUCAUUGAACAGGAAGCUAAGGCAGCAGUUGAAACUGCCCAAGAAGCAAUUGACAUUUCAACCUACAAGAACUUGGAACAUCAUGAGUAUACACCUUUCACCUUUGUGAAUUAUGAUGUUGAGCUUUCGAAAUUCAGGCUGCCUCAGCCAUCAUCUGGAAGAGUAUCCCCUAGGCACUGAGUCACACUGAAAUCAGAUGUGGAAAUACAUACAUGAAUAAACUGACUCUGAAAAGGAAGUAUGAUCUGUAUAAUAAACUGUUGUAAAUGAGGUUGCUGGUUAUCAGUUAUUUCACAACUGAACUCUUGGAUGAUUAAGGCUGUCCUUAGUUACUCAUCUGUUUAGUUUUAACAAGCUGGAAGCUCACCCCUCAAUCUCCCCUUUCAAGAUUCUUUCAGCUUAUGGGGAAAAGCUAUUUUCUCCUUUUUCUUUUAGCUAGCUGCUCUCAUUCUGUCCCUCCUGGAACAUUUUCAGUACUUAUCACGCUGCUCUUUUAGGCUUUCCCCCCAGUUAUUCGUUAGAUGUGUGGGGGGGUUUGCAUACCUGAGGAAUUGGCCCCCAUAUAAUUAGAAACACCCCCAUCUCUUUGUUGUGAUGGGCACUGUGUACUGCUUUAAUUAUCCAUGUGGGGAGGUAGACUAUUAUUAUAGUGAUAUUUGGCCUUUUUUGAUAUAAAUUACCAGACAGUCUACGUAGAAAGCUUUUGUUUUAAGUACACAAUUAUUUUUCUGUGUUCCAAUGUGUAUUGUUAACAGCGUGCUUGUAUUGCUUGGCUAUAGAUUGAUAAUUGUUGCA